AUGAACGGUAAGUGCUGGAAAAUUUUAAAAACGAAUAAUACUCACCCGUUUACUUAUGUAUGCAUAGAUAAUACGUUAUACGUAAUAUUAAAAUUUAGAAACUAUAUACGCAGUCAAAGAAACAAAAUGUAUCGAAGAUAUCGAAGAUCCAAAUCGACGUCGGUUGACCCGUGAAGUUUCUACGCACACGUUGAAUGGUUUCAACGAUCUCCGACUGAACGUUAAACUAUGUGACGCGUCAAUAUUACUCGACAACGGCGAUGUAUACCCGAUACACCGGUCGGUUUUAAGCGGUACCAGUGAUUAUUUUAGGUCUGUAUUUGUCAUCAUACGAUCAAAUAUUAAUAGACUUACUGAUUUUUGGAAUGUUUGACGAGAUGUUUUUUAAAUUUUACCGUUUCGGUUUAACCGAACGAUCUGGAUUGGAUUCGUGUUUAAAGCACGUUUGUAAUCAUUGUAAAGCAAUGUGUACGUUUAAUGCAUUUUAGGUUCUGAGUGGAACGAGGAAUGUAUUGGUUUUACAAUGAUGUUUGUUUUAUUGUUAUUAUUAUUUUUUUUUUUUUACGUGGACACUUUUUCUACCAGAAAGAAUAUUCCGAUUAUCAAGUACAGCACCUUUUUUGAAAGGAAAUGUUCUCUGUGUGGUACUUUAGAAAAGUCAUUUUUUAACAUUCUUAUUAACAUUCGAGAAAAUGAGAAAAAUCUCGGUCUUUAGGUUAAAAAAAGAUUGAAAGAUUUAAAAUAAGGUUGCCAUUGGCAAUAAUUUUUAUUUAUUUUUUGUUAUUAAGUUUUUAUUAUUUUAAUAUUUUUAAACAUUGUUGUCUUGGAAACGCACAUUGUUGUAAUUAUUUUACCAUAAUCUAUAUAAAGUAAGAUAUACGUUACACUCACCCAUUGAUCAGUGCCUAGCAAAAACUACUGGAUGGAUCGGGCUGAAAUUUAGUAUACAGACAGUUAUUAUGACGAAGGUAUCCGCUAAGAAAGGAUUUUUGAAAAUUCAACCCCUAAGAGGUAAAAAAAGGAGAUUUCAAGUAGUUUUGGUACGAAUAUCUAUUAUUGUUUAUUUAUUUAUUUUUGUUUAUUCAUGAGUUAUCUUGGUUAAUUUUGCUGUCACGGACAACCGCGUGUGUUCGUAUAACAACUGAAUUGAUCAUUUAAUUGUAAGACUUUGAAUAGUUCUUACAGUAAUUUUUAAUAUGAUAUUAGAGUAUUAUAUAAAUAAGAAUGUCUGUCUGUCUGUCCUUUACAAACUCAUAAGAUUAUUAUCUAUCAGAAAUUACUGGUCCGAUUUUAACGAGGUUUUUCGCAAAAUGUUCCAUAUUACAAUUUCUGAAAUUUAACCCCAAAAGGAUAGCUGACGUGGAUUUUGGUAUUUCGUGGUAUAGUUUUUAUUGAUCGGGUUACUUUGGUAACAAAGUAAAUAUUGGUUUUUUUUUUUUUUUAUUAUUAUGUGGUAUCUAUCGUUCUAUUCGAUCGCGGCGUUUAGGUCGAUAUUAGAGUACAUACGCUAAUAACAAAAGACGUAUCAUCAGCACUCCCCUUUCUAUCAUAUGCACACAUGCGUAAAAUUUAACAUUUUACGACCCCAAUAUUAAUAGUACGUCAUCGGCGUGUGUUUAUAUGAUAUCGAAAUUCCAAUUACUCAUAUUCUCGGUCAAAAGUCGGUUCCAAGCAAUUUAGAAUGCUUGUUUGCGUAACCUAUUUAAAUUAUUUUAUUGAUAUUAACAAAAAUUCUAUUGUAUAUUGUUAUAAUCAGUACAAAAGUACGCAAUAUACCUACUUUAAUCAAUUGCGUACAAGUAAAUAAGUAAUUGAUAUUAUAUUUAUGGUUUUUUCAUACGCCCGGAUCUUUUAAAUUAUCUAAUUUUUAAAAACGUAUAAUAAAAAUUUAUAAUGCCCGUAGUGUUUCAAUUUAAUUAAGUACAUAAAUUAAUUAAUGUUACAACUGUUAGAACGUAGGUACCUACCUAUACUAAAAUAUUUCAACUUAAUUAAUUCUAUUUCUGUAGGUUACGUUAGAUUAAAACAAUCACACUAAUUGAGUAUUUGAGAAAUAAAAAAUUUCUCAAAUUGAAUUUUCUCAAUCAAAAAAUUGAAUUUGAUUGAAAUCGGGCAAUAGGUAAAUAAGGCCAUUUAAAUAACCAUUUUCGUGUUUUUUUUUAUUGAAAUUUUCUACGCAGCGUACACAACCUAUUUACAUUCAAUCUGUUCUAUCUCUUUUGGUGCGUGUUGACUUCAUUCUGAUGUAUUCACGCUCAGAAUACUUGUACGUAUUAUUAUAUUAUACAUGAUAGCAUCUGCUAAAUAUUUUUUCUCUGUUCCCUUAUCUUCCUCUCCUCACCACGCGAAUAAAUUAUUAUGUUUUCAUCCCGGUUUUGUAUAGAAUACUUUUCACCACUACGUUACACGAAGGAGACUACACGGAAAUAAUUCUAAAAACCGUUGAAAGUACCACAAUGGAAUUGAUUCUGCAGUACAUUUAUAUGCGGCAAGUAGAUUUGAAUUACGAUAACGUGUUGGAUGUCAUGCGAACGGCCGAUUAUUUCAGCAUCGACGGUCUGGUUCAACUCUGUCACGAAUACCUAAUCAACUAUAUUUUGGGACCCGAAAAUUGUGUUACGUUAAUGCAAUUCGGACAGUAUGUAUUAUACGUAUGA